AUAAAGAUAACAGCUGAAUUAACAGGAAAUUAUGCAAACUGGAGAGUAGCAGGAGAAAGUAACAGAGUGAGGAAAAUUGGUCAGUUUUUCCUCCAGCAUAUUUACACAAAUAGUUCAAGCCAAUCUAACUGGUUUAGAGCGAGGCAUGAGAGAAGCAGAGAGACGGACCGGCCACUGGGACCAUAGGGAGCACUGGGACCACUGGGGUCACUGGGAUCACUGGGACCACUGGCAUCACUGGGACCAUCGGGAUCACUGGGACCACCAGAAGCACUGGGACCACUGGGAUCACUGGGAUCACUGGGCAUUUUCCCAGUGGGGUCACUGUCCCAACAUUUCUUCUGUUUCCAUUAUAUUCUCACCACACAUGCUGGUACUGGACUGGCCCAGUCUCUGUUAAACACCUUUAUUUUGGUUCUGUCUGUGUGAUGCAUUAUGCAAAAAAAUGAUUUCACCACAAGUCAACCAUCAACCUGUAAAACAUGGAGCCACAUGGAGCUUUUCCCAUCAUGUUUGACUGAUGAAAAUGUUUCUAAUUAUUAUUCAGGAACAUAAAGCGUACUCACACUGAUUGGUCUGACGCAUCGAAUAUGACAAACUUUAUUUACCGUAACAUCUUACCAUCUUCAGGAAGUGGCUGUUUUUAUCCGUUCAGAGACGGAACUGACAGCUGAUGCUUACAGAGCACAACUGUAGCUUUAAAUGAACUAACUACAAAACAAAAUUCACAGAAAUGUGUUUUAACUAACUAUGCACACAGCGGAUGUUUCUAUGGCGAAGGGAUCAGAGAUCCCAAAGGUCACAUCCUCAAAACCUGGAAGUCAAGAGUGAGUUGAUCUAAUGAACUGAUUCAGGAGGAUGAAGACAAAAACACUUCCUGAAAUAUAAACAUUUAUCUUUUUUGUGAGACUGCUGCCUUUUACUUUAGUUGUUUCAAUGAAUAUAAUGUCAGAUUUCUGUGUUUUUUCUCCAGGUUGACAUUAAAACUGCUGUAAUAACAGCAUUUACUGAUAUAAAAUGUAUUAUAUAUAUUUUCCUUCGUUUAAACUCAGAGUAAAAACGACCAAACCGUCUACAUUACGUCUCUAAGCUGCAGCUCUCCUGUGAUCCUGCAGGAAUCAGGAAGGAACUGAGAGAUAAAUAUAAUAUGUUUCUAUUUCAUCAGAAAUGAUUUAAACUGAGAACAAACUGAAGGUUUAGGUUGUGAACCUCAAAGUGCUAAAACAUGCUAAGAACAGCUGUUAGAUUUUUGUUGCUACAAGUUAAACUUUUAGUUUGACUUUUUAACUGAGGCUUGAAAGAAACGCAGAAACAGUUUAGAGAAGAUUUUAGGAGAGAAACAUUUUAAACCAGCGGAACUAAAAGCUGCAGAAGUUUGAGUUGGUCUGACAAUCAGGAAACUGAAGUUAAAAGUUUCUAAGUUGAGCAACAAACUUUAGCAAAAAAAACUUUGUGUUCAGCUAAAAUAAGAUGUAAAGAUCCAGGAAGAGGAAGAGGAAGAGGAAGAGGAUGUUUUCAGCGAGUGUCAAACUGCUGCUGGUCUCAUUGGAUCCAGCUGCAGAAUGGAGGGAACAUCUGUCCUCAGGCUGCUGGCUCUGAUCUCUCUGCUGAGCCGCUCAACAAACCAAGUUCGUCUGACUGUGAGUCCCAGCAGAUCUCAGUUCUUUAGAGGAGAAUCAGUGACUCUGAUCUGUGAGGAUGAAAACAGACCUGAUGGAUGGACUGUGAGGAGAAACACAAGCAGAGAAACCAGGACUGAGUGUAAAGGAUGGGGAACACCAGCUGGUUCUACCUGUAACAUGGACUACCUCCUCCCAGGUGAUACUGGUCUGUACUGGUGUGAGUCCAUCAAUGGAUCCUCCAGCAGCAGCAGCAGCAUCCAGCUCUCUGUCUCUGGUGGAUCAGUGAUCCUGCAGAGUCCUGUCCUCCCUGUGAUGGAGGGAGAUGAUGUCACUCUGAGCUGCAGAGCAAGGAAUCCAACCCACAACCUCCCAGCUGCUUUCUAUAAAGAUGGCUCCUUCAUUGGUGAUGGACCAUCAGGUCACAUGACCCUCCUCCAUGUUUCCAGCUCUGAUGAAGGCCUCUAUAAAUGUAACAUCAGCCGUCAUGGAGAGUCUCCAUCCAGCAGGAUCUCUGUCAAAGAAAAAAAAACAACCACAGCCCCUCCUGAAACUCCGCCCACUACCGAAGCUCCUCCCACUUGUUCACCUUCCCCUCUCCUCAUCAUCACUCUGCUCUGCCACCUGGUGGUGAUGUUCCUGUUCUUCAUCUGCUCUUUCCUCUUGGGGUUUUCAUUUGGACUCAGAACCAAAGGAAGUGACCCGUUACCAUGUGUGAAGAUGACUCUGCCCCCCCAGGCUGAGCUGGUACCAGAAGAUGAUGAUUGAUGAUGAUGAUGAUGAUGAUGAUGAUGAUGAUGAUGUCACCACAGAGCAUCACUUCUGAUCCAAACAGUCUCAUCCUGAUCUGCUCCAAAUUUCUUCUUCCUCUUUGUUUUCAGG